AUGGCAACAAAUAGUCUCUCAAGCACAAUUGUUCUUGAACUUCUUAGAAAUGACAAUUAUGCCAAUUGGUGUGCUUGGAUGAAAAAUUAUUUGUUGGCUCAAGAUCUUUGGGACAUUGUCCAAGCAACCACCGAACCUCCUAAACCAGAAGAUGACGAAGUUGGAUUUAAGGCAUGGACAAAGAAUAAUGCUGCAGCUUUACAUGCAAUUCUAAUUUCCUGUGAGGUGGACAUACUACCGGGCAUUAGGGAAAUCAUUUCUGCCAACAAAGUCUGGGAUGAAUUGGCUAGAAUGUAUGGACCAGACAACUCAUCAAACAUCCCAGAGUCAAGAACAUGCAACGAGUGCAAGAAUUUCAGACCAUGGACGUACUGUUCUUCACGUGGGGAAGAGAGAUUUGUGGAGAAGUUAGUGGAGUUAAUGUCAGAAGAGGAAUUAGAAAUAAAAGAUGAUAAUGGUGUGACAGCUCUAGCCCAGGCUGUUAUUCUAGAAAAUAUUGGGAUGGUAGAUUGCAUGCUUACAAAGAACACUAACCUACUUAAAAUCGAAGACAGUUUAAAUCGUAUUCCACUAAUAGCCGCUUUAGAGUAUGGGAAUAUAGAAGUGGCUCGCCAUCUCUAUUCUGUCUCUCUUCCAUAUCAAACAUUCAGCGACACGGACAGUUCCACAACUCUUACCCAGCUCAUGCUUCUCAUUGAUUUUGGUAACCCUACUCCCUAA